CGGGAGCGGCGCGCGAUGCAUGCCGGGAUCGCCUCCCGGCCGGUCCUCCUGAUUCCCAGCCUGCCUCGGGCCCGCUUGAAUGGGGUAUAUACAAGAUGGCGGCGAACGCGAAUUCUUGUGGCGGCCUGUCGCUAUUCGACUGCCCAAGCUGGGCAGGAAAACCUCCCCCUGGCUUGCAUCUGGAUGUAGUCAAAGGAGACAAACUAAUUGAGAAACUGAUCAUUGAUGAGAAGAAAUAUUAUCUAUUUGGGAGAAACCCUGAUCUGUGCGAUUUUACCAUUGAUCACCAGUCCUGCUCUCGGGUCCAUGCUGCCUUGGUAUAUCACAAACAUCUUAAGAGGGUUUUCCUCAUAGACCUUAACAGCACACAUGGCACGUUCUUGGGUCAUAUCCGUUUGGAACCUCACAAACCACAACAGAUUCCCAUUGACUCCACAGUUUCAUUUGGUGCCUCUACGCGGGCGUAUACUCUGCGAGAGAAGCCGCAGACACUGCCAUCCGCGGUUAAAGGAGAUGAGAAAAUGGGUGGUGAUGAUGAGGAGCUCAAGGGCUUGCUGGGCCUGCCGGAGGAGGAGACCGAGCUUGAUAACCUGACAGAGUUUAACACAGCCCACAACAAGAGAAUCUCUACGCUCACCAUAGAGGAAGGGAACUUGGAUAUUCAGAGACCAAAGAGAAAACGGAAGAACUCCAGAGUGACAUUCAGCGACGAUGACGAGAUCAUUAAUCCAGAGGACGUGGACCCUUCAGUUGGGCGUUUCAGAAACAUGGUACAGACAGCAGUGGUCCCAGUUAAGAAGAAACGGAUGGAAAACCCAGGCUCGCUGGGCAUGGAUGAGUCUGUAACACGGCGCAUGCAGAACUUCCCCUACGGUGGAGGAUUGUAUGGUGGUCUGCCUCCCACUCACAAUGAGGCAGGUUCCCAAUCGCAUGGCAUUCAUGGGACAGCACUCAUUGGAGGCCUGCCAAUGCCCUACCCCAAUCUUGCCCCAGAGGUGGACUUGACUCCCGUUGUGCCAUCGACGGUUAGCAUGAACCCUGCUCCCAACCCUGCCGUCUUUAAUCCUGAAGCUGUGAAUGAACCGAAGAAGAAGAAAUAUGCAAAGGAGGCUUGGCCAGGCAAGAAGCCCACCCCUUCUCUACUGAUCUGAGAUGGGCUUUGUUUGGGGGUGGGAGCGAUGAACUUGAGAAACUGUUCCCGUGAAGUAUCGUCUUUUAAAGUUUGUGUCCUAACCACAUGUAAUAUCAAGAUUGGAGGAGUGAAAUGUCCCUCAAAGAUCUGUCUUCAAAACAUUUUUGUCUGGAAAAAAAAAAAAAAAAACCACCUCCCACCUCCUUUUGAAUCCAAAAGGCCAACAGCCUUUUCCCUUAGCCAUUACGCUCCAUAAGUUAAAAGGACACUGUCAAGUAAUUCAGCCCCACGUUUAUGGCCUGAUCCUGCAAACAGAUCCACUAGGUGUAGUGCUGACUACUAUGAGUAGCCUCGCUCCAGCUAGACUGCUCAGGGCAGUAUGCACUACCUCAAGAGUAAGCAGGCCUAAAUUCAGUACUAAAUCAGGCUUUUGUGUGUAACUUUAAAACAUGACAAAAUGUAAUAUAAAUGGAAUGGCUUUAUUGUUUUACCGUUACAAAAUCACAUAAACGCUUUUAGUUUGGCUGUCAACAUUCCUUUGUACUUGCAACCUAAAACAUUGCAGCAUCUGGGUAGCUCUUGAGAAGCUGGAGGUGAAAUGGACAAGAAAUAAAAGUGAAACUGACUAGUCAA